AUGCGUUACUCUACUGCCGCCGCUGCUCUCCUGGCCUCUGGUGCCAUGGCCACCGAGGUCUCCAAGGUCUACGAGACCAAGCGAGUUACCAUCACCUCUUGCGGUCCUGAGGUCACCAACUGCCCUGCUCGAUCUACUGUCACCAGCAACACCGUUUACCCUGUCCCUCCCCAGGUCACCUCUGCCGAGCAGGGCAGCGAGACCACCGAGGAGGUCCCUGAGGUUCCCGAGACCACUGAGGCUCCCUUGACCACCUCUACUAUCUACUCUACCAACAUCAGGACUAUCACCUCUUGCGGUCCCGAGGUUCCUGACUGCCCCGCCCGAUCUGGUACUCCCGUCGUUGUCACCGAGACCAUUGCUGUCUCCACCACCAUCUGCCCUGUUGAGCCUACCGGUGGAAGCGAGAAGCCUGGAAAGCCUGAGCAACCCGGCAAGCCUGAGAAGCCCAGCCAGCCCGGUUACGAGCAGCCUCCCGCUCCUCCUGCUGAGACCAAGCCCGCUGAGACUCAGCCAGGCUACGAGCAGCCUCCUUCCCCUCCCGCUGAGACCAAGCCCGGCUCUGAGCAGCCUCCCGCUCCUCCUGCCGAGACCAAGCCUGCUCAGCCUAGCAAGCCCGUCGUCCCCGGACAGCCCCAGAACCCCGGUAACGGCACUGUCCCUCACCCUCCCGUCUACCCCAACCCUCCUGCUACUCAGAGUGGUGAGAAGCCCGUCGUCCCUCCCACUCCUGUUCCCGUUCCCAGCAACCCCGGCAACCCUGAGCAGUGCAUUCCCUCUCAGUCUGUGACUGCCAUCACCAAGGAGUACACCACUGUCCUCACCAGCGUUGAGUACUCUACCAUCCAGGUUCCUUGCCCUACUGGCACCACUCCCGGCAACCCUAGCAACCCCGGCCAGCCUGGCCAGCCUGAGUCUCCUACUGGACCUGCUGUUCCCCCUCCUGCCACCACCCCCAUUGGCGGCGGUAACCAGACCGUUCCUACUCCUCCUGCCGUUACUGCUGGCGCUGCUACCUUCGCCGGCUCUGCUUUCUUCGCUGCUGUUGCUGGUCUCGCCGCUUUCAUCCUGGUCUAA